AUGAUUGAUGAUAGACUGACUCAGAUUCUUCCACCAUGUGAAAUAACACGAACGCCUCAAUCUGUAAAUAAUCUGAAGCAAUGGAAGGCUUCUGAAUUUAAGAAUUUUUUGCUGUAUAAUUCGGUACCUGUAUUAAAAGAUAUUCUUCCAUCUGCAUUUUAUAAAGAUUGGACCGAGUUUGUCUAUGCUAUACAUGUAUUUGACAGUGACAGUAUUGGAGGUGAAGAAUAUGAACAAGCUUCAAGAGCAAUCAUACAUUUCGUCAACAAUACUGAAACUUUAUACGGCAAAGAAUUAAUGAAAUACAAUGUUCAUUUAAUGUUGCACGUCCCACAGGCAGUAAAAGACUUUAGCGCUCUCUGGGCAUGGUCAGCAUUCCCUUACGAAUCAUACAAUUUCAUACUAAGGAAUAUGCUGCAAAGUUCGCAAGCAAUUUUGCAACAGAUUUGUAAAUCGUACUUACGUUUCCAAACAAUCAAAUGA